AUGGAUAUACACAAACCUGCAACUCUAGCAGCACUGGGGCUUUUCCACUGCACAGUGGUGGCUAUUGAGGUUCAGUACACAGCAAUAGCCAUUGGGCCCUCUGCUGAUGUGGAGUGUAACACUACAGACUUGAACUGCACUCUCACCCACAAGCAGUGUGGCAGCCAAUACAAUGUCAGUGUCACUGCCACCCAAAACAGCUGUACUGCUCAACCCAGCACUGGGUACUCCUUCAUUACAGCACCAUGUGUACCUGUACUAAAUGAUGUGGCCCUGAACUGCAGCUCACGUUCUGCAGUGGUGAUGUGGUCAAGUUCAGGGUUGAGUCCAGAUGUCUUCUCGGUCAGCGCAGUGAACAUUCAGGGUGGACAGCUGGAUUGUGGUCCCCUAAAUGGCCACUCCUGUGUGGUAGAUGGACUGCAAUGUGGACAAAUGUACACAUUCAGUGUAAAUGCAACACAGGGCCAGUGCACCAGUUUUGCUAACAACACACUGCAGAGGCAGACAGCCCCAUGCCCUCCACAGAACAUCCAGUCCAGAAUAAACUGUGGCAACAACACAGCGAGUGUGUCCUGGUCUCGUGGCAAUGGAACUCUGUCCUUUACUUCAACACUAGAUUGUUCUAAUGGGCAGACAUAUAUCUGUAAGACCACUGAAACAGGAUGUGACAUCACUAACCUGCCCUGCGGACAGACCUGCACGGUUAUGUUAGUGGCAGAGGGACAAUCCUGCAACAGCUCUAUCGGCACUGGAUCAUAUGUCACAACAGCCCCAUGCCCUCCACAGAACAUCCAGUCCAGAAUAAACUGUGGCAACAACACAGCGAGUGUGUCCUGGUCUCGUGGCAAUGGAACUCUGUCCUUUACUUCAACACUAGAUUGUUCUAAUGGGCAGACAUAUAUCUGUAAGACCACUGAAACAGGAUGUGACAUCACUAACCUGCCCUGCGGACAGACCUGCACGGUUAUGUUAGUGGCAGAGGGACAAUCCUGCAACAGCUCUAUCGGCACUGGAUCAUAUGUCACAACAGCCCCAUGCCCUCCACAGAACAUCCAGUCCAGAAUAAACUGUGGCAACAACACAGCGAGUGUGUCCUGGUCUCGUGGCAAUGGAACUCUGUCCUUUACUUCAACACUAGAUUGUUCUAAUGGGCAGACAUAUAUCUGUAAGACCACUGAAACAGGAUGUGACAUCACUAACCUGCCCUGCGGACAGACCUGCACGGUUAUGUUAGUGGCAGAGGGACAAUCCUGCAACAGCUCUAUCGGCACUGGAUCAUAUGUCACAACAGGUUCUUGUGUAGGCCUACCACAAAAUGUGUCAGCCAAUGUGAGCUGUAGUAACAUAGCAACAGUAUCCUGGGGACGCAGCCAGGGGGCGGAGCUCUACUCAGUGACAGCCAUCAGCAUUAAUGGCCUCUCAGCAAACUGCACUUCAGCAUCCACCUCCUGUGACCUUUCAACUUUGACCUGUGGAGAAACAUACACGAUCAUGGUGAAAGCAAAUGGCAGCAACUGUAACAGUGAAAACAGUGCACCUGUACAGGUCCAAUCAGCCCCAUGCCCUCCACAGAACAUCCAGUCCAGAAUAAACUGUGGCAACAACACAGCGAGUGUGUCCUGGUCUCGUGGCAAUGGAACUCUGUCCUUUACUUCAACACUAGAUUGUUCUAAUGGGCAGACAUAUAUCUGUAAGACCACUGAAACAGGAUGUGACAUCACUAACCUGCCCUGCGGACAGACCUGCACGGUUAUGUUAGUGGCAGAGGGACAAUCCUGCAACAGCUCUAUCGGCACUGGAUCAUAUGUCACAACAGUACCGUGUAAGCCAAACAACUUGACUUUAGGGGUCCAUUGUGGGAACAGUAGUGCCUCUUUGUCAUGGGCAGCGAGUACAGGGGCAGUGGCCUACGUGGGAAUUGCACAGUCAGGAAAUGUCACGACGGUUUACUGCCAGAGCACAAACACUUCCUGUACUCUGCAGGGCUUGGUGUGUGGCACUGUGUACAAUUUUACAGUCCAGGCGUCAGAUGGCAUCUGCAACAGUUCCUUCAGUGAGCCUCUAACUGAUGGCGCAGCUCCGUGUCCUCCUGGUGGGUUGAGGGCUAUUCCGCGUACAGUAGUGAAUGACACCCAAAUCUUGAGAGCAUCCUGGUCUGCCGUGGAUUGCCCUGAUUCUGAAUACCUCCUGGAACUCAGGGGCAGGAUUCUAGAUAUCACCCAGGCACUCUUUGAUGUAGCCUCGUAUUGGACAAGCCGUACUUUCUUCGAGAUUCCCCUCCCUUGUGGCUCCUCCUACAGUGCCACGGUCAGGGCACAGAACUCUGCCAGUUCAAGCGUUCCAUCAGCGGCUGUCUCUGGAACCACAGUGCCUUGUGCCCCUCAGAAUGUGACAUUCUCUGCAUCAUUGUCGAUGGUGACAUGGAAUCAGUCUGUAUUUGCUUCAAACUACACAGUGUAUCAGGUCACUUCCUCUAGUAGGACGAAGCUCUGCAUGACACCAAUGCUCCAAUGCUCUCUUGCCAACAUCAGCAGCGGUCAUAUUGUUGCAACUGCCAGCAACUCUGCUGGAGAGAGUGAAGACUCAUCCCCUGUUUUAGUGACAGCAGGUCGCAGGAGGUGA